AUGAAGGAAAAGUCGAAGAAUGCAGCAAGAAGUCGACGUGAAAAGGAGAACACCGAAUUCCUCGAAUUGGCCAAACUUUUACCACUACCACAUGCAAUCACUGAUCAACUGGAUAAAGCAUCCGUUAUUCGCCUAACGACAAGUUAUCUUAAAAUGCGUGCAAUCAUACCCGAAGGUCUUGGAACUGCAUGGGGCUCGAGAUUAUUAUCCCAAACAGCAAUGGAACGUGAAAUUAAUGGGCAAUUAACACAGAUUCUCGAUGGAUUCUUGUUUGUUAUUGGUCCUGAUGGCAAAAUCAUGUAUAUUUCCGAAACAGCCUCAACCCAUCUUGGUUUAUCACAAGUUGAAUUGACAGGAAAUUCCAUCUAUGAAUAUAUUCAUCCAAUCGAUCAUGAAGAAAUGGCUAAUGUUCUUACUGCACCUAUACCCACCUAUUGUGUAAAUAAUAGUGAAUAUGAAAUCGAACGUUCGUUUUUCAUACGAAUGAAGUGUGUUCUACCAAAACGAAAUGCUGGUUUAACAUCUAGUGGUUUCAAAGUUAUUCAUUGUUCAGGUUACUUGAAAGUUAAACAAUUUAAUUUGGAUACAUUAUCAUGCUAUGGUCCAACGAAUAAUAUCAAUAGUAGUGAGGGUUGUUAUCAGAAUGUUGGCCUUGUUGCAUAUGGAUAUUCAUUACCCAGUUGUUCAAUAACCGAAAUUCGUCUCCAUUCGAACAUGUUCAUGUUUCGAGCAGGUCAAGAUAUGAAGUUAUUAUUUUUGGAUUCACGAGUAUUACAAAUAACUGGAUAUGAACCACAAGACCUAGUCGAUCGAAGCUUGUAUCACUAUGUACAUACGCAAGAUUUAAUGGCGUUACGAUGGGCUCAUCAAGUGUUACUUACCAAAGGACAAGUAACCACUCGCUAUUAUCGAUUUCUUGCUAAAAAUGGUGGCUGGAUAUGGAUGCAAAGUUAUGCAACACUUGUUCAUAAUAAUCGAUCAUCACGUCCGGAAGUUAUCGUUAGUGUGAAUUAUGCACUUAGUGACAUCGAAGCUAAACAUCUACAAUUAUCAAUUGAUCAAAUCGAAAAGUCAAAUUCAGAUUACAUGCGCUCGAAUCAAAUUCUCACAACCAAUUCCCUCGACAAUGAUAAGUGUUCAUCGACAAAUACGAGUUUGAAUUCUACAUCUUCAUCAAUAUCAAAUCGUAGUUGUCCGAAACUUGCCAAAAUAAAUCGAUCGAUUAAGCAGCGUAAGUUUUCUUCGACGAAAACUGAUCUACAGACAACUCCGAUCGAUGAUUAUCCAUCCACAAUUGGCUACAACUCUGAUGAGCACUAUUAUUCACACACUCCACAAGCAAACUAUCCGAAUUUUGCACUAUAUACAGCAGCAACAACCAGUAACUACUCCCAUCCGUUCCAUCAUUCCGACGAGUCAGUUUAUUACGACCAAAAACGAAUCUCAACACACGAGAUCAACAAUAAACGAUUACGUUUGGAUAACGAUCAUCAUCAUCAUUUACCGUUUAUUAACUACGAUACGAAUUUUUCAUCUGAUAAACUUGAAUUUUAUUCGUCGGCAAAUAACUAUCAACCAGAGCAUCCUUACCAUCACACAUCGGUCAUUGUCGAUAGUCAACAGUAUUUCCUCAAUGGAUGGAAUGGAACAACAGCUUUUUGA